AUGUCGGUGAACAGCGGCGGCGAGGUGGCUGGCCUCAAACCGGCGGUCCUGCAGGCGGGGAAGCGCGAGACGGUCGUGUACAGCAACUACUCCCGACUCAGCGAACACCUCCGCCAGAUGACGCCGACGGAACUCCAGUGCUCGGUGUUCUGCGGAGGAAGGAAGUGCAAGUACGACAACAACGACCACUGGAAGUCCGAAGAGAUGGCCGUUGAUGGCAUCUACUCGCACUGGGUAACGGACAACAUUUUGGCGAUGGCGAGACCUAACACGGAAAUCAUUCAACGGAAAGACAUCGUGGAGCAAUUUGUCAAGAACAACAUCAAGACCGUGAUUAACCUCCAAAUUCCGGACGAGCACGCUUCGUGUGGCGGUCCCCUCGAUGAAUCGGGCUUCAGCUAUGACCCCAGCGUCUUCAUGGAGAACGGGAUUUUCUACUACAACUUUGGAUUAAAGGACUACGGAGAACCAACUCAAGGAGGCCUUCUAGACAUGGUGAAAGUCAUGGCAUUCUCCCUGUCUGAGGGAAAGGUCGCUGUUCACUGUCAUGCAGGAUUGGGGAGGACAGGUGUGCUUAUCGCGUGCUACUUGGUGUACGCCCUUAGAGUACGUGCCAACGAUGCCAUCCGCUACGUACGCAUGAAGAGACCGAACGCUGUGCAGACGUCGGGCCAAAUCCAAGUCGUGCAGGAAUUCGAACAGUUCAUUCUACCGCAGCUCUAUGUCUAUUGUAACAGAGAGUUCAUGAAGGAGAAACGCAAUCCUGAAUUCACUUUGCACCAGUACCUCCACCGCCAGAGGACCGUCUUGCAUGGCUACGAGGCGCGGACCCUCAAAAAUAUCCCAAAGCUGGUCUAUCGAGUAUGCGAAAGGCUGCUUCGCCUCUGCGGGUGUGCCGGGAGCGCCGCGCCCCCGCACCUCCUAGCGCCCUUGGAGAUCUCGUACACAGUAGGAACACCUUCCUUCACAUCCUUCUUCCUGUCCGCGCAGUACGACCACGAGACGAGGGUAUCCUACUCUGCUCCCCAAAGUCUCGGUUCCCCAGCCCUCUCCGCAAGCCUCAAUAGCAAUAGAUCAAAACAUCAUUUUGGCCAAAACUCGUACCGAGGACUUCCUUCGGCUAACCAGGACACCUUGCUGCCCUUAGGUGGCGUCCGCGUACCCUCCGAGGAUGACUCAGGCUACCCCGGGGGCGAGGAGUUCUCCAUGGGCGAGGUGUCGGUGCCCUCCUCGGCCCAGUACCCGAAUCGGCGGCUUAACGAUGAGACGCCAGACAUUCCAUCCUGUAUGUCAGGCUUACCAGAACGCAGUAUCGAUAGUCUUCUGAACGAUGGGAUACGGGACCAGAAACUAACGGAUAAUUCAUGUUAUAAAGAACUCGCUUCACAGACGGAUCUUCGUAAGCAAGCAGAGGAGGAGGAUCUAAAGGUAAUUCUUCCCAAGGAGGUGUACGAAGCCAUCCUUGUCGAUCACUCAGUCCUCAACACCGAGUUCAAGAAGCAGCUCAAGAAUUAUCGAAUAGAUCUCAACAUCAAACAGUCAGCGUGGGAGAGACUGAACACAGAAACGAGCCUCUAUUUACUCACAGGACUGUUGUUUACGUGGCUGGAGCACCUUCGGACGCCUGUGUUGGGGGUCGAUGCCUUGUCUUACAUCGUCCUAGCCAGCAGCAAGCCUGAAGUCUGCCUGAGAAAGUUGGAUAAGGAGGUUCGCUACACCUUGGAAUACCUCGUCCGCUUCGUCGCCCGCCUCCAGCCGUUCACCCGAGUCCAGCAGGAGGCCGUUCUCAGAAGACUCAUAGCCUCCCUCACCCAGCAGGCCGUUCCCGUCCGAGGCACCCUUCUUCCUGCAGGGAAAGGGUACACCAAGCUACGUGAAGGAACUCUGCGAAAAGUGGUCGAAUUUAUCAACAAGUUCUUCGACCUCGUGUACAUGGAGUCGCGGUCGGGAAGUGCAGUGUCCGCUUCGUCCUCCACUGCGGAGGACUACGCCGCCCGCGUCACUCCACCGGGCCAGGACUUGUUGACGAAGACAGCAAAGGACCAAGAACUUUUAACUGAGCUAUUCAUUCUCAAUUAUAUCUUCUCUAUAUUUGAUACAAUGGACCCUGUUAAACCUAGUGAUCUAACAUCCCGAGGUUAA